UUCACAUUGUGUGAAUCUUUACUGUUCUUUUGAUUUUUGGUCAUAAUUUCCGUUCUUCCCAUGAAAUUUUGGUUGAUCUUUUAUACGGGAGAUGGGUAGUUAUACCAAAGAUCGAAACUUACUUUUAAUGAUUUAUUUUAGUUUGGAGGGUUCAUAAUUUUCGCCUUAAUUUAAUAUCGGAAGUGGAAAUUUGGUUCCUGAUGAUGUAGGUUUUUUAUUGUGAAGGUGGGUUUUAGAGAUGGAGAGUUAAUGGUUAGAAUUUUUGUAAUACAAGGAGUUAAUGUCCAGAAGAGUUAGCUAAUUGAAGAUUGAUCACUAAUUAAUUAGAUGGGUAGUUUCUGGGAGGCAGAGGGGGUGGUUAUGGUGGCGAGAUGGCGGCGCCAGCUUUUAGGCUGUAGUAGCAGUGGCUGUUGGUGCCUGGUAGGGUUACGAAAACGUUCAAAUAGUGACAUAUAAACAAAUUACAAUGUGAUUAUUUAUUACGAAAAUAGCGACAGGAUUACGAGAAUGUGCAAUUGAUUGAUUGAUUAGAUUGCCAUAUGAUGGUGAUUUUCUAGGGAGGCUGAAAUUUUGGUUACUGUAUUAGGUUAAGGGUUGUUUAUGUUGAGAUGUGCUUGCAGUUAUGAUCUUGUAGCAUUAUUAUAGUUGUUAAUGAUGCUUUAUUUAGUAACGUAAUUUUCGUUUAAGACUUGUUAAAUUUGCAAAUGAUUGAAUGAAUCUUGAAUAUGAAGGUGACAAAUUGGGAGGAAAUAAUUUCUAUUAUCAGGUUAGGGAAAUCAGGUGUCUACUACGGUAGAGAUAAAUUCUAAACAGAGAAAAAAAAGGUGUCAUACAAAGCAUAUGUUCAAUUAACAAAGGAAGUAAAAAGAGAAGUUCAUGCUAAAGCUCAUCUAAGCUCUUCACACGCUUCCUGAAUUUCCGGUUUUGUUUGUUACUUGUAUGUUGAAGUUUUAUUUUUUGGUAUUUUCUUUUCUUUGUCUCUUUCACAAAGCAAUUUUCUCUUUCCCUGGGCUUUUAGGGGUUCAUACGAUUGCACUCAUUCAUGAAAUUGAUUGAAAUCUGUUUUCCUGUCCUCUAAAUUAAUGGAUUUAAGAGAAAAGUACUUGCAUUCAUAUUGGUUGACAAAGGUUGCUAGUUUUUCUGCUAUACUAUUGUGGAAUAUUCUACAUUUUCUUGUGACGAUAUGGUAUUGGGUAAACGAUGGGGUUCACAUUCUUGAAAGCUACCUUAUCACUUACGGACUAUUUCAGAAAUACAAAUCCCUAGAUCCGAGUAAGGUGAGAUACCUGGCUAUUGUGGUUGAAAGUGAAGAAGCCCACCAGAUUUCAGAAGUUAUUGAGCUGUUGCAUUGGAUAGCUGAUAUUGGUGUGAAACAUGUUUGUCUUUAUGAUAUGGAAGGAGUGCUGAAGGAAUCACAGGAGACUAUCAUAGCUGAAUGCAAUGCAAGACCAUGGAAGGUAUUAAAUAUUCAUGGAGUUGAAACAGCCGAAGCAUUACUAAAACCUAGUCAGUUAAAUUUGGAAUUUGUUUCAUUGACUGAUGGAAAAGAAGGUGUCGUUGAAGCAGCAAAUUUGCUUUUUUUGAAGUAUAAGGACGGUGGAGACAAGCCAAAAUUUACAGAACCAAUCCUGGAUGAGGCUUUACGACUAGUUGGUUGUUCUGGUCCUGAUCCCGACCUUCUCUUAAUUUAUGGACCUGCAAGAUGUCAUCUCGGCUUUCCUGCAUGGAGGAUGCGCUAUACUGAGAUUGUACACAUGGGAUAUUUGAAGUCUAAGAAAUAUGGUUCCUUAAUAAAGGCUAUUUACAGAUUCACUACUAUUCGGCAAAACUAUGGUACAUAGCAUACAUUCCAGUAGAGCUACUGAUUUCAGGAUAGAAGGCAAAGCAUUUUGAAAAUUGCAGAACACGAUAUGAUUUACGAGUAGGCUUCACAAUUAACGAUGUAACGUAACAUUCUUAUGGGAGGGGGAAUCUCAUAUACUCAGACCUUUUGAUGGUCUUUCUUUCCCAACCCCAGGAAAAAAGAAGUUAGUUUUUGUUAGUUAUCGUUCAUUUGAUACACGGUUGUAACUUGUAAAUUGAGUGAAUCUGACGGGGUUUGUGUGUGUUUUUGCUUGGAAUGCUCGAUGUGCAUGUCCAUGAGAAUGUAUAAGCAGAACUAAAUGCUUUCAUUAUCACCAAGGAAUGUGUAAAAGUGGUAAUGAAUCAUUUCCAGAUAAUGAGAUGACAAUUCUGGUGACCGAAACCUCUUUUA